GAAGGCAGGAGCUUAAGGAGGAAACAAAGAAACAAUGGCAGCCAAACAGCAAGGCAAAAAGAAAGCCAGGGUUUCAAAGAAGAAGAACAACGUGCGCAAGAAGCACCCACAACCUAGACGGAAUCAGAAGAAUCCGAAGAGGCUCCAGGCUCGAAAACAAAAGAAGAAGCAGCCUCAUUUGAAGCGUCAAGUCAAGAGGACCUCAGGCGCUAAGUCAGGGAGCAGUGGGCAGCCGCGAAAGAUCUGUUCCUCAAAGCUCUUUGCUUCCAAAAUUCUGCGCCAGUUGCCCAAGGUGCGCAUGGAGGCCAAGGCCAAGAAUCUGAUGAAGACCUUGCUGGCGGACUUGUACAACCAUGUGGCGACCCAGGUACAGGCCAUGAGCCAGCAAGAGGAGCAGAACCCCAUCAGCGGCGACGAAGUCCAAGCCGCCUUGAAGGAGGCCAUGGAAAGGGAGUUGGCCAAGCACACGGCCGAACAGCCCACCGCCAUCCCCACUGAAUGCACUUAGAGAAGCAUCCCUCCCCUUCUCCAGCGGCGGCAAGAAGGGACAGGACCAAAGGUUGCCCUAAGAAGAUCCAUAUAAUACCCAAGAGACUUUAAAAAUAUAUUGCUGCCUUCCUAAGUCCAAGAAAUCCUGUCGUUUACCACUUUAGACAUCAUCGGACACCAGAUGGAGAGGAUUGCUAUUAUGUGGAAAAACCGUGAAAGAAGUGGCUUUCAAAAAGAAAAGAACCACAAUUCCAGUAAAGCAGGAUUUUAGCAGCUUAUUUCACUUCUUCCAAUAAAUCAGGAUUUUUGCAGCUUU